AUGCAUGAAACAUAUGAAAGUCAAUUUAAAAAAAAUACGGACAAAUAUAAAUUAUUUGAAGGAUGGGAUAAAGCGCAAAUAAAUAGUGAUGUUGUUGAUUACAAUAUGAUACUGAAAAGAAUGAAGUAUAAUGAUCAUAAUUCUUUUCACAUUGGAUGUUUGCUCUAUGAAAAUUACACUAAUGCAAAAAUCCAACAUGAAUUAUUUAAUAAUGUUUGCACUUAUUUUAAAGAGUGGUUAAAUAAUAAAGUAGAUGAAUACAGGAAUAAUAAUAUGAUAUGUGGUGCAAACAAAUUAUUGAAUGAAAAUUUAAAGGCUUUAUGGGAAGAAAAACAAAAAGCUCAGGACGAAGAAGAAAAUUGGUGCCAAUGGAAACCCUCUACUGAUUACUAUUGUUACAUUUCUAAAAUCAAGAAAUUUAUAUAUGAUAAAAAUUAUAGGGAGAAUAUAAUAAGGUAUUAUAUGCAACGUUUACAUCCCUUUAGAAAUAGGCAAGAUUUUUCAUUAGAUUUUAACACAAUAAGAUUAAUGUACACUAUCUGUAUGGGAUAA